UUGCGCAUGCGCAGAUUGUACAUCGCAGAACAUGAUUAUUUUCAACAUGGCAGCCGGGUCCGCUGGGGAACCGGGACCUCCACCGUGCAAAGUCGGCGACAUCGUUUCCUGUAAGACAUGUCUGGAGGCUAAAAUUGAAGGAGAAGUGUUGGCUUAUGAUUCCAAUAGUCGACUACUUGCCAUAAAAAAACCGCCCACCUCCAGCGAAAAGAAGAGCUUGUGCGAUAUUUGCAUUGUGAACCUCAAUCUAGUGAGCGAUUUCCAGAUCAAGCAUGAGAAUGCUGAACCACCCAGAGAACCGCCCUCUCUUGAUGCCAACAAGCUGAAGAGAAGAACAGAAGAGAAUAUUGCUGAAAAGAAGACGUUGGUCGAUCUAAACAGUAAGGGGAUUAGUAAACAAGGAAUACAACUAUACCAAACAAUUAAGAAGACUUUACGAUGUCGAUUUGUUGAGGAUAAAAUGAUUGUCAAUGAUGAUGUUACUGUUAUACCACCAUACACUGCUGCCUGCUGUUCCGGACCUGAAACUGCUGUCAGUCACAUCAAAAACAUUAUUGAAAAACACAACAGAGAAAAGAAGGGGACGUUAUGACACUAGGCCUGACAGCAUGACUCAACAGGAGAGAACAGACAGGGAGGGAAAUUGACAGGGCAAGCAGAUUGGGCAAGUGGACCAACACUUAGAGGGAGUGAAGCGUCAUUGGGGACUUGGACUACACCAGUGAACCUGAAAGCCAAGGGGAUGCGUGCGUCCAUGCUAAGGCUGUUACUGCACGUUGAAAGCAAGUGGGCAAGGUACAGUUCAUGCUAGGACAAUAAAGAAGCUAUGUAAUGACCAAAGAAAUAAAGGAUCAUUGUGUAUGUCGAAGCAAAGGGCAGAUGCGACAUCCAUGAACACUUGAUCCUGUAUUCUAAACUGGAACUUAAGUUGAACCAUGUUUUAAAGUAUGUAUUCUCUACCCAAAAUCUUCAUUAGGAUACUGUGCAAGUUAAUUUUGACAAUUUCCAGGGAAUAAUUUUACUUCACAAAUUUCACUCUCAUUUGUGGGCCCAGUAUCACAAAGGUUAGCAAUUAAUCGCUAAUUUGAAAGAGCAAUUCUGAUUGGUUGCCAGUCAGUCUACUGAGCAAAAUGGGUAUGCAACAAUGAUCAGGAUAGGCCAAUUCAUUUAGCGAUUAUUUGCUAACCUUUGUGUUACGGGCCCCUGGUUGAGAAAAGCUUUCAAGUAUGUUCCGUACAGUCCUAUGUAAAAUUUGCUAUGCAAAGAAAACUUUGUGUAGCAAUCAUUAGAAAAUUUGGAGCAAGGUGUGAUGUGAUACCAGGGCUCCGUAACAAAGAUUAGCGAUGAAUAGCGAAUGUGAGAGAACGUUUCUGAUUCAUUCCUGGUCAGCAUUUCGCGCCAAAUGCACGUGUAAUAUUGAUCUUGAUUGGUUAGUUAAUUUAGUGAUUGAUCGCUAAUCUUUGUGUUACGAAGCCCAGAAAAGUUUAUUCCAUGCAUUUCAGUUACCCGAUAUUUUAAGUGCUAUCAAUGUAUGUGCUUCAAAUUUACUUGAGAUUGUCAAGAAAGUCGUAUUUUGACAUAAAUUCCAUGGUCUGAAUGCAAAGUGUUACAUCCACAGUGAACAGUAUUAGCUGGCAGCCAGAACUACUCGGUCCCCAAAUUCUUUCCCAGAUUGCAACAUUUUGAUCGUGUAGUCUUAUGAUGUAGACCCACUAGAAUGAUGAUCAAUUGAUCCUCUUUACUUGUUGGAAAAUUCAUACCAUAAACAUCUUACCUCUGCACUAAAAUCUUUCAGUAUCCUCCAUGUAUUCCUGUUUGCUGUUUAAGAUCUAAUGGCUAUCGUACUUAGUACCAAACUCCAACAAUGCAUUUUAAUUUGAAAUGGAAUAUACGCCAAGACUACUAACCUACAGUGUAGAAGUCUAUAAUUUGCCUCUCACUAUAAGGUUGACCUCCUUUGAAGACUGGCCUACAUGUACUGCGGCUUGAAGUUGGCAUGAAUGGAAUAAACAAAUUCUCAAUUAAAACUUUGAAAAUUCCAUCAAAAUCAGAUUGAAAAUGAGGAAGUUUUCAAAAAAAAGUUUUAAAAAAUAUUGCAAUACUUUAAAUGCCCUCGUGUGGGGAAGGUUCCUAUGAUCUCGAUGAUAAUUUCAGUCAAUUCCUUGUUCAUUUCGCCCCAUUUUAUAUAAAAUUGUUACUAAUUUCAGGCAAAAGUAACGGUUUUAGGUACCAAUUGAAUUGUUGCAAUCAAUUAUGAAAUUAAAAACGCCCAUUAUGGCAAGUGUGAAAGGUCACUGAAGUCUCAAUAGUGCCCGUCAAGCUACAUGUACAUCUGUCUGCCUAGUUCUGUGUUCCCUGACAUCAAAAUAAUUUCUCUUCUGUUCUUUAUACCAGACAUAGAUGUACAUUGUCCCUCCAAGUUUUCUACCUGUCUUGUCGUGCUGUCAAACUUGUGUCGUCCUAUUUUCACCCUCUUUAUUUUUUUCCCCCGUAUCCAACCUGAAAAAAAAAAAAAAAACCUCUGUAAAGAUGAGAAGCAUGCUCUUGAUCAUGGCUCCAUUACACACAUUUUAGUAAUUGAUUGUAGAACAGAUUUUUAGGAUUGAUUGCAUUGAUCACAAUGUACAGUCGAUUGAGAAAAUCAGUUGUACAAUUAGACUCUAUUAAAGCUUUGUGUAAUACGGGACCCAGGACUUGAUUUCUGAAUCAAUACGCAGUAUUUCAUAAAUCUACAAUCUACUUUGCAUCUGCGUUGCAUAAAAGUUACUAUUACAGUAACUUGGCCAUCCAAUGGUAACUACCAUGGCAAUAAUGCUUAUCAGCCAAACAAUUCAAGGAAUCAAUGAAAGUAAUACCAUUGGAUGGCAAAGUUACCAUGAUAUGAUGAUAGUAUCUUUUGUGCUACAGGGCCUGAUUUUAAUCCUGUUCUUAACUUUAGUGUCAUGAAGUGCGAAUGAUUUUUUUCUUUUCACUGCAUUAUUUUGUUAUUGGGCAUUGAUAAUAUGGACAAGAAAUCAAACGGGAUGAAUCAUUUUCAUUCAUACUUUUCACAUGAAAAGUCUGGUUUUCAGAGUCGAAAUGCAUACAUACUCCUCUGUUUCAAACAUUUCUUAGUCUGAUAUUUGUGUGACCUGCAUGCCUGCUCCCUAAUAAUAGUGCGUACAACUUCAUUGUUUCCUUUUCUGCUUUUAUACUUUUGUAAGUCAAGUCAUCUAGUCAAUUUUCUCUUUUGGGGUCUUUUUUGGGAAUGGAGGGGGGGGGUAUAAACCAACUGAUGGGAAAUUAUAAAUGUGAUUAAAAAGCUCUUUAACUUUGAUUGAUUUUUUUUCUCCUUAAAUAACUAUUUUUUGUUAUUGUCUGUGACAGGUAUAUUAUUUUUGUUGUGUAAUCCUGGUUUUUUUUCUUUGUUCUUGUUAUUAUUUGAAGAGAGGUGGGCAAUUUUUCACUUGAACCUACCUCUGGGAAAUGAGUUUAAAAUAUAUUGUUUAAAUUCCUCAAUGUCAUGACAUUCUCUCUUCCACAUACUGAUGUUACGAGGCAUCAAUCUUGUUCUGAUUUGUCAUUAAAAAAAAAAGAAAAAUGUA